AUGGGAGACCCCAUUUCGGUAGCUGCGAGCGCUGCCGGCAUUAUCGCCCUCGGUCUGGAGAGCUGCCGACUGAUCGUCAAGUAUUGCGAUAACUGGCGAGGAUUUGACAGCGACAUCAGCAAUGUCAGACUCAAGGCUUCCGGACUGCACUCGACACUCACCCUUAUCGAAACGCUGCUGAGCCAGAACACCACAGUUCUUCCAGCCAUCGCAGCGGAUAUCAAAGCCAAAGUUGCUGAAAAUGAGGAAUGGAUUAAAGAGGUACACAGCGCCGUCACCAAAUGGCAGAGUACGACGCCAACCUCUGGCCUUGGCGACAAGGUACGAGCAGCGGGCAAGAAGAUCGCUUAUCCAUUUCGAAGGGAGGCGCUGCUUGAUACCAUCAAGGUGCUUGAGGGGCUGCAGAUGAACCUGCAUACCGCACUAUUGGUACUGCAACUUCAGCAAACAUCGGUCCUCGCCAAACGAACAGAGUUGAUACAGACAGUACAUUCGGUCAGCUCCACGACACUGUCAAUACUUCAGUCGCACCACCCUGAUUCACCCUGGCCGGAGCCAGCGAUGCAAAACUGUUCGGGCCCCUCACACCGUGUCUGCCUUCCAUCUCCUGUUAGCCAGCCAGCCACGGUGGCGGCUACUGGGAUUCACAGACGACACAAACGAUGCUUCUGUUUGGGGAUACCUGGCUUGAUACAAUCGCACCACCGCACAUGUCCGCUUUAUAACCCAAGAGCCAAUACCCGAACAGCAAGGGUUGCACUUUCUAGUCAAUGGCUCGGUAUCUCGAUUGAGGUAUCCUUCUCAUUCUAUCGAUGGGCGAACAGCCUAACAAUUAGCCCGACGCUUCGAUACCACCCAAUUGUGUCAUUAAACUCGCCCGCCUUUCAGACUGUAUCACAGAGGCCACUACCAGGCUCUAGGUUAGAGGAAGUAGCGUCGUUUUAUGAAACGGCUAUCCAAGAGCUGCGCCAGCUUUUCCUUGACGGUAAAGCCAGCCCUUUCGACAGAACUCCUAGCGGCGCCACACUAUUGCAUCACGCAUGUGGACAGUUUCAGGGUUUCUGGGGAGAAUUUGAUGAUUGCUACCAUGUGAGCCGUUUCCAGCUGGUGCAGUUCCUGGUAGAAGCUGGAUGCCCCGUAAAUGAAACGGCCCAAAUAUUUAAUUUUGAUGGCAAGGUCGUCGGCCGGCAAACCCCGAUGACCAGACUCAUCAGUCAUAGAGUGGGUGGGAAGGUUGUGUCCAAGUUUAUGGAUCUUGGGGCAGUGGUGACAAACGAUGAGCUGAUUCGAUAUGAUAUGUUACUUAUGUUGAAGGAAGCAUUUACCCAGAACGAAGAAGGAUUUCUUGUCUCUGACCCUGUUCAGGCGGUCCUCAUGCGGUCUGAAGUUGGACUAAAGGACCUGAUAACAGCCACACAAAGAGCGCUGUCCAAGGACAAUCGGAAGGCAUUUUCCGAUGGAUUCAAUCUACUUUCAAUAGCCUUGAGCUGGCCAGAGGCGUUCUGUGCUUUGUUGGAAUUCUAUCCCAAUCUUACUAGGGCCGAGCGAACCGGACUCUUGUCAGCUGCCAUAAGGUACAACGUCUUCUACGCCGUUGAGGCACUACUGGAUCUGGGCGCUCCAAUCCCUGCGUACAGCUUUGCCCUUUGCGGAUCAGAGGCAAUGGAGGGGCUAAUCAUGGAUAUAUUCAUUUCUAGACGGCGCAGCUUGCUUGAGCUUGCUAAAAACUCUCUACCAAGGCGAGUCCAAAAUGAACUUGGCCUGCGGGAUACGUGUCUGCCUGAUGCAAAUGCAGAGGCCGUUUUCCUCGCGGUUAAAGAGCGCAAUCCGUCCAUUGAUCCUUCCCUUGCACCUGCGGACAAUCGCCCGGUCUUCCAUCACGGCUUGAAAAUCGAACAAAUGGACCAUUUAUACAAUUCUGGGUUCCGUGACGUCAAUGCGCCUGACGAAAAUGGCUCGCAAGCCGCCCUGAAAAUAACCAUCCCAUGGGAAGGAUGUGCACUAUGGAAUAUCACUGCCAUGCAGUACACUAUCAGCAGAUCUCUGUGGUUCUUUGAGAAGGGUGUGGCAAGGGACACUGAGGCUGGCUCCGGUCAAACAUAUUUUCAUAUUAUUGCAGUCAAAAUUAUUGCUGCAUUGGAGUUUGAUAUCGCCGACUUCAGCCAUCGUGCGAUAGACAUAAUCCCCAAUAUUCUGACCUCUCUCCCUCAAGCUCAUCGAAACUUCCUUCUCAAACACAUCCUCACUUCAAGUUGCUGGGAUUCGUGCGCCUGUGCCUGCUCCGCCGCAGGAUGUACUCCAUUGAAUGUUGCUCUUUGCUGCGUUCUGGAAUCCGACAGUGAGUGGACUGAAGACAUUGUCCCUGCCAUCCUAAAAGCCUUUAUUACUGAGAUGCAAGGUACGACAGGGUGUGGGGAUGAGGUGAUUCGACUACUCACAUUUGAAGACCUCUCUCUUACACAUACAUGUUGCCACCUGUAUAGGGACAAAUGUAUAUCUGUCAAAGUGGAAUCAUUUGACGAGGGGGAUGCCACAGAGAUUCACGACGAGGAGCGGAUUCUCAUCGAGGAGUUUGAGAUCUUGGUGGAGCAGCUACAAAAGGAGUACGAAACAGUGGGCAUUCCGCUCUGGGAAUUCAUCCAGACACACUGGUGUGCGCGCGUGAGAGAGUACCUGGUUGAGAAUGAGGAGGUCAUUAUACCAGACUUGCUUUGCGUUGCUCUUGCGAGAAAGGUCGUUGAAGAAUGCUCACGGCACUAG